AUGAUGGGUGGUUACGAUUUUGGUCGAAAAGGAUCGCUUACCUUCGCUAUCAUACUAUCCUUAAUCGGAAUGGGACUCAGUAUCGCUGCAAUACUGACGCCCAGCUGGCAGGUGGUUAAUCUGCGUGAAUACAAUUCGAUUCAUGAACAUGGCCUUUGGCUUGAUUGUACAAGGCAUAGUCGUGAUGGAAACCAUAUUUUACAACGAUAUGCGACCGUAAGUGAACCGUUACAUUGUGUCUACAAAUUUGACUACGAUAAAUACUCGGGCACGUUUGAUCUUGAAGAUGACAACAGCCCUGUCGGUGAAGUGAAUCGUCAUAAGUUCUACGGCUGGCACACUGCAACACUCAUUCUGCUCGGUCUGGCGCUUCUCACGUCGUUUCUUUCAAUAUGUCUCGGGAUGUGUGCUUGUUGUUACAGCUCGUUAAGUCUCGUCUUCACUGCAAUUACUCUUUUAACAACUUUCCUCUCUGCUGUCGCUGAAGGCAUAUUUUUCUUCUAUUCACAUCGCGCCGAUAACCGUUUCAUCAAAGGUAUCGUCGGAACAUAUGAGCAACGCGUCGGAUUGGCGUUCUUUCUUCAAAUGGCGGCUGCCGUCUUCCAUUUUUUGUCAUUCCUUGUCGCAAUGAUCUCCAGUUACUUCUCAUUCUCAGCUUCAAAAGAACUUCCUGACCAUUACAGCCUCCAGCGUAGCUCACGAACCAACAUGACCAACAUUGGCAGAUCUAUGGAGUUCGAUGCACCUUUAAUGUAUCACUCACAAACUCCACAGUCGAAUAUUCGACCACCAUAUUCGAAACAAGAAGAGUAUGAACGCAAUGUCGCUGAGAGUAUGCCUGAAUUGGGACUGAACAGGUUAGACGUUAGUCAUAAACAAUUCAAAUUGUAG